CGGCGGCGCCCCGCCCCCUCCUGGUUUCACGUCUCCAAGCCCGUCGCGCCCGCUAUAAUCACGUGAUUGCCUCAUCCGGGUCCUUUGCGUUCUCUCUCCCUCUCCCAACAUGGCGGCCUCAGCAAAAAAGAAGAAUAAGAAGGGGAAGACCAUCUCCCUAACAGACUUUCUAGCUGAGGAUGGGGGAACUGGUGGAGGAAGCACCUAUGUCCCCAAACCAGUCAGCUGGGCUGAUGAAACAGACGAUCUGGAAGGAGAUGUGUCAACAACUUGGCAUAGUAACGAUGAUGAUGUGUACAGGGCGCCUCCAAUUGACCGUUCCAUCCUUCCCACUGCUCCACGGGCUGCUCGGGAACCCAAUAUCGACCGGAGCCGUCUUCCCAAGUCGCCACCCUACACUGCUUUCCUAGGGAAUCUGCCCUAUGAUGUGACAGAAGACUCCAUUAAGGAUUUCUUUAGAGGAUUAAAUAUCAGUGCUGUACGAUUACCACGUGAACCCAGCAAUCCAGACAGGUUGAAAGGUUUCGGCUAUGCAGAAUUAGGCGAUGAUAGCUUUGGAGACAAGUAUCGAGAUCGUUACGAUUCAGACCGGUAUCGGGAUGGGUAUAGGGACGGAUAUCGGGACGGCCCACGCAGAGACAUGGACCGCUAUGGGGGCCGGGAUCGCUAUGAUGACCGAGGCAGCAGAGACUAUGACCGAGGCUAUGACUCCAGGAUAGGCAGUGGCAGAAGAGCAUUUGGAAGUGGGUACCGGAGGGAUGAUGACUACAGAGGAGGUGGGGACCGCUAUGAAGACCGAUAUGACAGACGGGAUGAUCGGUCAUGGAGCUCCAGGGAUGAUUACUCUCGGGACGAUUAUAGGCGUGAGGACAGAGGUCCCCCCCAAAGACCCAAACUGAAUCUAAAGCCUCGGAGUGCUCCUAAGGAAGAUGAUUCCUCUGCUAGCACCUCCCAGUCCAGCCGAGCGGCUUCCAUCUUUGGAGGGGCGAAGCCUGUUGACACAGCUGCUAGAGAAAGAGAAGUAGAGGAGCGGCUACAGAAGGAGCAGGAGAAGCUGCAGCGUCAGCUGGAUGAGCCAAAACUAGACCGCCGGCCCCGGGAGAGACACCCAAGUUGGCGAAGUGAAGAAACUCAGGAAAGAGAACGGUCGAGGACAGGAAGUGAGUCAUCGCAGACUGGGGCCUCAGCCACAUCUGGCAGAAAUACACGAAGGAGAGAGAGUGAGAAGUCUCUAGAAAAUGAAACCCUCAAUAAAGAAGAAGACUGUCACUCUCCAACCUCUAAGCCUCCUAAACCUGACCAGCCUCUAAAGGUAAUGCCAGCCCCUCCACCAAAGGAGAAUGCGUGGGUGAAGCGAAGCUCUAACCCUCCUGCUCGAUCUCAGAGCUCAGACACAGAGCAGCCGUCCCCUACAAGUGGUGGAGGGAAAGUAGCUCCAGCUCAGCCCUCUGAGGAAGGACCAUCAAGGAAAGAUGGAAAUAAAGUCGAUAUGGCGAGUGCCACACAAGGCCAAACUGGAAGCUCCAGCCGUGGUCCUGGGGAUGGAGGGAACAGAGACCACUGGAAGGAGUUGGAUAGGAAGGACGGCAAAAAAGAUCAGGACUCCAGAUCUGCACCUGAGCCAAAGAAAUCUGAGGAGAAUCCAGCCUCCAAGUUCAGUUCUGCGAGCAAGUAUGCUGCUCUGUCUGUGGACGGCGAGGAUGAGGAUGAGGGAGACGACUGCACUGAGUAGACCUCCACACCCUGUGCUUUCUCCUAGUCUCCACCCCGGAACAUUCAAGAGCAAAUCAAACCUCUAUCCAGACAAGACAAAAUAAACUCACCAUCUCCUGAAGACCUUUCUAAACUCUUUUUUAAUGAAAUGAAAUUCUUUUGCAUGCUGCUGCAGCCUUUUAAAAUAUUGAAGUAACUGGAGAAUCACCAUUGUAGCCAGAGAUGUGGCUACCGCUUUUGAAUGGGGAAGUUGUGUCUGAUGAUACCAAGCAGUUACCUGUGUGACUGGUCCCUGGGGCUCCAUUCAGCAGAAUUGCAGUGACAGAGAGGCAGUCACAUCACUUAGGCAGUCUUAUCCUAAGAUGGCACCUGUGAAUUCCCAAACAUUACCUGAAUAAAUUUCCCAUCCUUAGAAAGGUAGCUCUAGUCUCUCAAGCUGUUUAGUCUCCAGGAGGCUGCCAGCCCCACUACUUUAGUUCUGACUUCAAUGGGGCCAGCCUAGGGGGAAUUGUUUUAUUUUUUUUUACCCCCCAAGGGGGUAGUUGGGAGUGAGUCUACAGGGCACUAACAAGUAGUACCGCUUGGGGACCAAAAUGAAUGGGAAACUCAAUCGUGGUUUGAAAAGCUUUGGGGAGGUGAUCAAUUAUAUUUUAUACCAGGUAGUGAGGGAAAUGGUGUGACCUCCAGUAAACACAUGAAGAGAAAGGUCAUUUCUGGACGAGGAAGCACUUACAGGCAGUGGGGAGUCCUGGUUUUGCCCCUUCUAAACUGUCCUUUCUAGAGGUUCAAAUAUAUCCACAUUCUUUGAAAACCUUGUCACUCUGGUCAUCUCAUGUUCUCGAUGACACUUAGCCUCCCAGGGCUGGCUGGCUGGCUGAGUCACACACCUCCCACAGACAUUAUAUCUUGGCCACAAAAAGCUGUGGCCUGGGACUCACUGCUUUUCUCAAGCAAACCAGCUCAGUGCUAUCUUUGAUUCCUGCCCUAUCUGCCUGCUCCUGCAGCUUUUGUCCCCAACUGAUGGGCUUGGGUGGUGAAUAGGGGUGUGUAAAUGGGGUGAGUUGGAGGUCUUCAGCCUUGAAUGGGGUAUUGUAAGGUUUCUAUAAAUUUCCUUCACUGGAACCCCAUGCCAGUGCUUGAGUUUAUGAUGUAUGUGACCUAGACUGGUUUUCUGCUUAGGAGGGUUGGCUUCUUUACUCCCCUCAAAAAUAAAGGAUAAUGCAAAGAACUGUUGAACAAGGUCCUGGUUUCUCUUGCAACACUGUAGCUUGACCUAUCUGUUCUGAUGUGCACCUUUGUAGGGGUCAGCUCCAAAGAUGGCAAGUCUCCCUGUUGUGGGUAGUCAGGUACCUGCAGACAAAUGAUACCUUGGUCUUAGUGCAAGGUCCUAGGCCUGCUGUGCAGGAGCAUUGAUGUCUUGUGCUGCAGCAGUAGGCACAGCAAAUCGCUUCUCCGGUGGAUUUGAUUGGCUAGUAGCUAGUAAGUGGGCUUUUGCAGAGAUACCCACAGUUGAAUGGGUUUUUUUUUAAACCAUUGUUGUAGACAAUGAGAAGGUAGUUUGCCCUCUUCAUGUCUAUUUCCCUUCCAGAUAGUUGCAUCCAAAAGACAGCUGUUUUGUCCCACUCUCCUACUUUGCUCCUCUGUUAAAAUAAAAACAGGGGUUGACUUAUGUCCCGCUCCUGAAUACAUGUAAAAAUUUGUACAAAAAUAUCUUCUAUGAAAAUGAUUUGUAAUCUGUAGACAUUACUUGGGAGAUGUCUUGAGAUGUAAAAUCCCAUCCUUUGGGUUGAGGGUUUUUUGUUUUUCUCCAAAUAAAUCCAGUCUUUAAAGUUGA